ACCUAGGCUGCAGACCUCUCCUUUCUUUCUCCAUGAAUGAGAGUAGCGAAGAACCAAUCGCUGACCUUCCCUCUAUCUGGUGACGCGUCUCCGAUGCGAUAAGAUAAUCCGUGGACAUUUGAUCUCUAUCCGCGGCCGGGAUAGUGAAACCGGAGAAGCCGGCAGGCACUUUGCCUCCUGGCCGCCGCUCCUCUUGUACUUUCGCACCGGCUUUUUCACGCCCAUCCUGAUCCUCACCGAGAUCUGGAGAACUCGUAGGGGCUCACCGGGGGCGACCAUGGCUACCGGCGAUGGCCGUCCGGCUCAGGUCACCUUCCUGGCUGUGGAAAAACAAGAUGACAACGUGACACCCAAGAAGCUGGGGAAACUAACCGUGAAAUACAACCGCAAAGAACUGCAGCGCAGGAUCAAGCUGGAGGAGUGGAUGGACGCGCAAAUCCAAGAGCUCUACCGGAGCCAGGAGGAACUCCGGGACGAAGCUGCUGAGCCGGACGUAGAGAUCGAUGAUCUACUGGAUCUUUCAUACGAGGAGCAGAAAUCUCGACUGGAGGAAAUCCUUCAGGAGUGUCCGAGACCGACGGAGGAAUUUCUGACAGAGCUGCUGGAGCGUCUGAAAGGAUUGCGGAAAAUCUCGGAUUUGCAGCACAAAUGACAUCAGACUGGGCUCAGAAGUGUGGACGGGAGGAUCGCUAGAUAGAUUACUAGAUCCAAGAUGUAUGAAAGAAUCAACGAGAUUCAGCUGGCUACACCGGAUCACUGUUUGUUUCACUUUCACUUUCAGUUAUUACCGGCCCUCACACCACCGGCAGUUUAACCGGCAAAACCAUGACGCCAUUAUCCACCAGGAGAGGGCGCGGUGUCAUCCACAGUGUGGCUAGGUUUCCACUUGUUUUUUUUAGGGCAAAAAAAUGCCCCCCAAAAAACGCCACAAUAGCCACAUCGCCUUUUUCUGUUGAAA